AGGCUCCGGGCGGCAUGGCGGCAGCGGCGGCGCCGGAGGAAGCCCGCGAUCCCUUUGAGGAGAAGCUCAUACGGGUUACCUUAUGGCUAAAGAAAAUAUAUGGGGAUAUGCCUAUUCCAGAGUAUGAGGUGAAUGAAAGGACGGUGGAAAUUUUGCAUGAAGUUAUGGAGUGCAAUGAAGAGAGAGACAGGGAUGUUACAUUGCUGAUAGAGGACAUGAAGGACCGAGCAACCAAAUACGAAGAAGAAGCUAAGUACUGGCAGGAUAUUCUUGGAGAAAGCUUGGGUCUCUCUGAAGGCAGUCUGUCCCUAGAAGCCAUCACAGACCUCACUGAUCUGGUAGAAAGUGCAGUGGAACUCAAAGUGGAGGACACGUCUCUUACCAGCUUCUACAGUGCCAUCAAUAACAUGACCUCGGAAUUGUAUGAAACAAAAUCAGAAAACGAAAAACUGGAACUGGAAUUGAAGACCCUCACAAAAAAGCUAACUUCAGCACUGAUGAUGGAAAAGAAGUUAGAGGAGGAUAUUGAAAAAUUAAAGGAAUCUCAGGAAGCAGAAAAGGCUGAAGCUGAGAUUCAAUUAAAGGACUUGAAGUUCCUGGAAAAUAAAUCUGUGGAUCUAAAAAUAAGGAUCAGUGAUGCUGAGGAAAAACUUGUUGCCAUGGGGAUGGACCAAUCCCUGACGCAUGAGGCACUCAUGAAAUCAUCUGAGGAACUGGCUGCACUGGAGAAAGAAAUUGAGCCAUUGAAGAAUGAAGUGGCAUCCUACCAUGAUUUACCUCUUAGCAUUCCCCUGGCACGAGUGAAGGUUGAAGAAGCGAGAAAAGAACUUAAAGCCUUGGAAGAAGAGCUCACAAGGGAGGUCCAGUCUCUGCCUUUUGAGAAGACAUAGCCCAGCAAGCCCCAGUUCACCUCAAGUGGCCUAUGUGGAACGUGUUUUUCCUUCUGUUGCCUACUUGUACAUAGCAAUGCAUUUCAGAAUUCUUACUGUACCUUGGCAGCUUCCUGCUGUGUUCUUCUCUCUGUUGGUCUUGUGCUUGUAAACUUCACCUACUUUUCAUUAAAUAACCUCCACACUU